AUGAGAAGCGGCAGAGCGCGUGAAGAGGAAGAGAGACAGGCGCGAGAAGUCGAGAGGCAAGCACGAGAAGAGGCAGAGCGCCGUGAGGAGGAAGAGAGACGGGCGCGAGAAGAGGCAGAGUGCCGCGAGGAGGAUGAGAGACUGGCCCGAGAAGCGGCAGAACGGCGAGUGCAACCCAACACACUAUUUCGCCUCCUCGAUCUCUGCCACAAUUCUCUGUCCCAAGCGAUCCAAGUUGAGGCAGAUGCGACCCUCACGACUCAGGGCGACGCGGCCGACCCAGUGAACCGACUCUACCCCAAGCACAUCGUCCCUUGGCUUGACUUUCCCCAACUACAGGAACAAGUCUGGGAGAAAUUCGACCGCACCGCUGCCUUUACAUCGCGCCCACUAUUCCCUUCUGAUGCCCAAAUCAAUUAUAUCGUUACGAAGAUCCAGAAUAAGCCGAUCUAUUCGGAAGCGUCUCUUCGGAAUUUUGAGCGAGACGCGGUGAAUAACAUUGUCGAAAGCUCUUUAACGCUUUGGGAGACGAUGAACUUCUUCGACAAGAGUUUAGAAUUCAAGGUCGGGUCACCUUCUAUGAUCGCGCAAACCCAUCGGAAACUUCGCUGGAGAACAGCCUAG